AUGACCGAAAGACCGAAAGACCGGAAGGGACCGAUCCGGACCGGCCGGUUCGGUCCGGAAAUCGAUUUCGAUUUCGAUUUCGAUCCGAUUGAGAAAUCGAUUUCGAUCCGAUUGAAGAUUCAAUCUCUGUGGGCGCUGCUUCAAUCAUCAUUUCAGGUCUGUGAGAAGCUUGCAGCUCAGUUGCACCACCAAGUUGAGAAUAAGAGAGCUGAGGUCGAACCCAAGAAGAUCUCGGAGUAUCAGAUUAUUGAGAUUACGGAGAAUGUUUGUAAUCUGAAGAAGGCGGAGGUGGAUUGGAUUUUGCUGAUUGACAUAGUUGAACAAGGAGAUAAGUUGCAGGUAAGAAUUUGUGCUUCAUUGCUUUGGAUCUUGUGGACUGAAAGUUUAGAGAUUGUGUUUUUGUCAACAGAAAUAUACUGAGUAAGAGACAUUGUUUGAUAUGAGCUGAAUUUUGGUGGUUGGUAUGAGAUUUUGGAAUCGAAGUUUGGGUUAUAUGUACAAGUCGGGGUUUGAGUUGUGGUUGGUUUGGUUUCGAUCCCAUAAA